AUGCUCGUUCAAUCCUUUAUCACGCUCCUCGCUCUCAUCGCAUACUCCGUCCAGCUUGCUGACGCCCAUGUCCCGACACCAUUUGACCACAAGCGGGGCAUGGUCAAGCGCGUUGGCCGGAGGGAUGCGAUAGAGACCGUAUACCGACGUGACGGCAUCCUGGACAUCCUCGGACUGGGCGACAGCUCGUCGGCGGAGCCCGGUGCUUCGACGUCGGCUAGCGGUUCGAGCUCUGCCAGUGGGACUUCGUCCGGCUCUUCCUCUUCCUCAUCUUCCACUUCUUCUGGCGCCUCUUCGUCAAGCUCGGGGACGUCCUCUUCCUCUACCGAAACAUCGGGGACGACCACCUCAAGUGCUGCGUCUUCCUCGUCCAGCGAUCCGUUCGACUUGGGCUGGCUCACCGGCACGAGCAGCAGCAGCAGCAGCGCAUCCGCAACAACCAGCUCUGUCCCCUCCACGACGGCCUCAUCCUCCGCUAGCGCAGCCUCGUCAGGCACGGCGUCCACCGCCGCCGCCAGCACGUCCGCAGCUACCACCUCAGCAUCUGUCACGGGUACUGUCACAUCAUCAGCUAGCGCGGGUUCUUCGUCCGUGAGCUCGCAGGCUGAAUCCAGCAGCUGCGCUGGCCUUCUGGGUGGUCUGUCCUGCGGCCUUGCGGGAACGACUAGCUCGUCCGCACCUGCGACUUCGGCGAGCGGCUCCGCGUCUUCGGGCGCCGUUACAAGCUCUUCAGGAACAUCGGUUGCGGCUACCAGCGCCGUUUCAAGCGGCAGUGCGAGUGGCAGCGCGAGCUCGACCGUACCACCCACGGCGUCUGAAUCCAGCGUGCCUGCGAGCUCGGCCGCCAGCGACAGCGUGACCACCGCAUCACCUUCGGACAGUGCCCCGUCUUCGGGCGCUGCAUCCUCGUCAAGCGAUGGCAACCCUCUGUCCAGCUGGUGGAGCAGCCUCACGGACACGGCGACGCCGUCUUCGUCGUUCCCAGCCUCGAGCGGAUUCUCGGAUUCGUCUGCGCUUCCUUCGAUCACCGAUUCGUCGGCCAUUCCGUCUAUAACGGCCUCGGACAAUUCAAGCAGCUUCCCUGCUUCAUCCAGCUUCACCAGCUUCUCGGCAUCUGCCACGUCUUCCGAUUUCCCGGGUAAUGCAUCAUCGUCGCUUCCCUGGGACUCAUCGUCCGCACCGUGGAACUCGAGCACCAUUACCGAGUCCGCGACGGCUACAUCCUCGGGCGUGUCGGGUAGUAUCACUGCGUCGGCUUCCGUGAACGUGACCGCUUCUGCCAAUGCGACGGAAACCGCUUCCGGGAGCGCCAACGCGACGAGCAGCGCCGUGGUCAGCUUCCCGUCGGGACCGGCCAACAGCAGCAGCGGCACCUCUACGCUGUGGAGCACGACCACCGCGACGACCGUCGCCGUGUCCACCACUACUGCGUCCUUCUCGGUCAACUCGCAGUACUCGUGGAUCACCAGCGAGUCCCUCGCCUUCGCGCCGGAGUCGACGUCGACCUCGGACACGCCGACGACGACGAACACGGAUCCGGACGCACCGACUUCGACAUUCGAUCCGAACACGAUCCAGCCGUCGACGACGCUGUCGGUGUCCGCGCUGCCGAGCUCGCUGCCGCGGCGCAUCUACCCGGCGAACGGCCUCGACAGCGACUCGCAGACGUCGGAUAAGACGCUGAUCAGUCUGCUGUUCAACAUUGGGUCGCUGAACUGGGACUUCGUGUCUACGAGCGAUGUGUCGGCGUCGCAAAUCUUUGCGUACAUGCCGAUUAUCAUUCAAACCAGCCUGGGUAUCACCUCGGACGACAUGAUCACGUUUGCGCUGCAAGUGUAUGUCACGGAUGCAUACACUUCGACUGGCGACGUGCAGAAGCUCGGGACCACAUUCCUCGCGUACAUCCCGCAGGACAAGGUCAGCACGCUGGCCUCGCUCAUCAAGGACACCUCCAGCUCGUUCUACACGGGCACCGGUGACCCGACGCUCGAGUCCCUUGCCAACAAGGUCGAGAGUGGCUUCUCUGUCCUCUCCAUCUCGGACCCGAACGGUGGUGGCUCGGCCUCGGGUGGUUCAUCUUCGGGCUCGAACGACGGCAGUGCGUCCUCGGAGAGCGGUGCGAGCAAGACGCGCGAGGAUGCCAUCAUCGGUGUUGUCAGCGCGCUUGGUGGUGUCGCCCUUCUCGUGCUCGCCUUCCUUGUCUACCGCAGCAUCGUACGGCGUAGGGAGCUCGCCCACCGUCGUCUCUCUGAGCCGACGGAGGUCGCUGGCGCGCGUCCGCCUGACCGCGACUUCGACCAGGACAGCGUCGGUGGCCAGCGGAGACGCAGCUUCUACUACGCGGAGGACUCGCUGCGGGGCUUCCAGGGCGAACACCCCGAGGAAGACCAGUACAAUGCGCGGACGAGCCCGAGCCAGGGGAUGACACAGCGGAGGAUCGCGCCUGCGGCGAUCUCUGCGCCCAUCCUGCGGGAGUCGAGCAUGAACUGGUGA